UUAGCAAAAAAUCUACCUUCCGUUUCUCUUACUCUGCCCAAGGCUUGAACUUUGCCCACGUUUAGCUACAAUAAAUAACCCGCUUUUAUGUUUUUUCUUCUCUUCUUUGUACUCUCUUCUUCACUUUGCUACUGCUAUAUUCUUUAGAUCCUAUUUGCAGUGUGAAAUUAUCGUUAAAGCCUAUAAUUUUUUGUUGGGUUUUUUUGUUUCUCUCUUUCUAUCAAACCCUUCAAAUUGAAAACCCUAAUUUCAUUUUCUGUUUUUGAAUGUUUUAAUGAUCUGGUUCGAUUUGAAAGUUUAAUUUUUCUCAUGAAUCUUUGAAUUUCUAUUCAGAUAUUUGAAAACUACGAAUACUCUUUAAAACCCAGCAUUUCUUUAAGCUUCAAACUUAAAUGUUUCACCCUUUGUUUUUUUGUUUGUGAAAAAGAAAAUAUUGAACGAUUUAAGCUUUUGGAUUGGCUGCUUCAAUGUCAGUAGAGAGGUCAUUUGAGGCCUGGGAAGAGGUCCAGCGCCAUGGCCAGGACCUCGCCGACCGGCUAGCUCAAGGUUUCUCCGGCUUAAUCCAAUCCCAUAUGACCCCACCUUCGUUUCCGUGGCCAAACCCUCCAAAAUCCAAGCUUUUCGACCUUGAGUUCCCAUCCCCAACGUUUGUCAACAAGGAUUUUGGCCUUCCCAUUGAUAACUCAGCCAUUUUUGACAUCGGCGAUAUCGGGAACAGGAUUGGCCAAGCCGGGGCGGAUUUCGGGGCCUGCUUAAAUGGGUUGGUGAAUCAAUUCUUUAGGAGGUUACCGGUCCCGUUUCGUGCUGAGGAGAGUGCGGUAGUGUCGGUUAGAGGUGAUAUGAGUGUGAAAGGGCAGAAGGCUGAGGUUUGUGGUAAUGAUAUGGAGGGUUUGGUAGGAUUUUCUGAUCAGUUGAAGGAUUUUGGGUUCGUGGAAAAUGAGGGUGGUUCGGAGGGAGUGGGGGACGAUGAGAUUUCAGGGUUUAAUUUGAAGUCUGCUGGACUACUUGGAAGACCACAGGGGAUCAUAAAUAUCACCUCGACAUAUGAGAGUAGAACACGAGAUUUAGAAAAUUCUUUGGUUGCAAGGGGAGAUCUAUGGAGAGUAGAGGCAUCAAAUGCCAAUUCCACAUCUGCGAGUGACAACUCUUUAUUUCUUGUCCAGCUUGGACCAGUGCUCUUUGUACGAGACACGACACUUCUUUUACCAGUUCAUCUAUCAAAGCAACAUUUGCUUUGGUAUGGUUAUGAUAGGAAGAAUGGAAUGCAUUCUCUUUGUCCAGCAGUAUGGUCAAAGCAUAGAAGGUGGCUAUUAAUGUCAAUGCUCUGUCUUAAUCCUUUAGCCUGUUCAUUUGUAGAUUUGCAAUUUCCAAAUGGACAAUUCACGUAUGUAUCUGGUGAGGGGCUAACAACAAGUGCUUUCCUACCUCUUUGUGGGGGCCUUCUUCAGGCUCAGGGCCAAUAUCCAGGGGAAAUGAGAUAUAGCUUCUCUUGCAAGAAUAAGUGGGGAACACGCAUCACACCAAUUGUGCAAUGGCCAGACAAAUCUUUUACGCUGGGUCUUUCACAAGCCUUGGCUUGGAAGCGAUCUGGCCUUAUGAUGAGGCCAUCCAUUCAAUUUAGCUUGUGCCCAACAUUUGGUGGAAGCAAUCCGGGGUUGCGGGGUGAAGUUAUUCACUCGGUGAAGGAGGAUCUCAAUCUGAUUUGUGGCUGUGCUUUGGUGGCACAUCCUUCAGCAUUUGCAUCAAUAUCAUUUGGGCGCUCUAAGUGGAAUGGAAAUGUUGGGAACUCGGGAGUAGUAGUAAGAGUUGACACCCCUAUUUCAAAUGUUGGCUGUCCAUCCUUCUCCGUUCAGAUAAACAACGUUAUCGAAUUUUAAUUGUUCGACACCCAAAGCCUGCAGUGGAAGUGUAUAUAGUCUCAUGCACAUAAACAAACGAUACCACAUGUGAAUAUCUGGAUACUACCUCUGUUAAUUAUAUUAAUCUCUGAUGCAAGUUUGGAGAUUCACCAUCUUUUAUUCCCUUCGCUGAAAAAAUUUUAUAUUUUACUUUUUUUUUCCUGACUGUAGUUCUGAAAAUUAUUAGGUCAAAUUUUGGUUUUCAUGUUUUUUUUGUCCUUUUAAUUUUUUGGUUCUAAAUGUACCAUAUACUCCUGUAACAAUGAUGUAUGAAACAAAGUUGGGAAGUAAUUUUGUUUAUCAGCAAUGUGGUCAGUGCUUCCUGAUAAAUACAAUGAAAGUUUGUACUUCUACAAA